CAUCGGCUGCUCGGUUGAUAUUACUAUCAAAACGAUUUGUAACGCGACGGACAAAAUGUCAUCAAGCUCUGUAGAAUCCGUUGCUAAAUAUUCGGAAGUCCUGUUCAACACAUUAAACCAUGUGCUCAUCGGAUAUGUUACAAUAUAUUUGUCGUACGUUUCCUACAUGAGUGGCUUCGGGGAUAUGUUCACGUGGCACAUUUUUCUGUGCUCCGUUGGUUAUCAAUUCUUCAUGGCAGAAUCAUUCCUAACGCUGUACUCGGCCAACUCGUGGACUAUGUCGAAUUCGCCCGACACGAAACGUCUGCUGCAUUGGGUUCUACAGGUGAUUGGAUGCGUUGCGAUUUUGAUCGGGACUGGGCUGGAGAUUUAUAUCAAAGAAGAGCGGAAGCGUUCUCAUUUCAAAUCGGACCACGCGAUAACCGGUUUAGUUUCGAUUGUGUUUAUCGUGUUAUCAAUGCUCAAUGGGGUUGCCGCAUUGUACGCGACCAAAAUCAGACACAUCAUCAAACCGAUUUAUAUCAAGCUUUGCCAUUACUUGACCGGGAUAGUGGCGUUUGUAAUUGGUAUGGUAUCGCUUGCACUCGAAUACUCUCCCCGGCGGAUGGGAUCAGUUGAGCACAGUAAUAUGUUGAUUUCCUUCACGACCAUCGUCAUUGCACUGACUCUGAUCGGAGUAAUUAAAACGAUGUUCGGACAGUUCAAGGGAAUGUGUCGCUAGUAGUUGGACUAAUGUUGUGCUGGUUCGCAACUGUUGUACGAAAGGUUAAAGUAAAGCAUUAGUGUGGUUUUAAUGUGCCGUUAGUAUGAGGUGUGUUUACAAAGUGAAUGUUAAACAAAUUGAAUGUCAAUUUGAUGUUAACUAAAGUCUUGACCUCCUGUUGCUGGAAGUAAAUUGCCAAAAACUCUUGACAAAUUCGUUCAAAACUUGAGUGUGCGGUUUCAUGAUUUUUAUCAAAGUUAUAAGUAUCAAAACGCAUAAAGCUACACUAUUUAUAAGAAAUCUAAUAUAAACAUGCUAGCUGACCCGUCAAACGUUGUUCUGCCAAAUAAAUUAUUUCUUGUGAAUAUUUUGGUGAUUGAAUAAAUAAUUCCCCUUAUUCCACACGGCGAAUGACGUGACAUGGCUCAAGUGACUGCAUUCCCGUAGCUGAAUGACGUGACUAUAGCUCGUCACUAGGUGAUAUUUGAAGUCGUGUCCUCAUUUGUUAUCGACUCGAGCGUCAAAUAGGAGCUAUAAAGUUAGGUGGCUUCAAGAA